UGUGCAGCCUGUCAGACGAGGGCCAUUAAAGAGCCUGUUGACCCAGAACCAUCCAGCAGCCCCUGCUGAAAAAUGUCACCCACCCCUUAAGGAAAAAAGAACAGUAGGCAGAAAUGACAUAGCACAUUGCCCUGGAAAUCCCUUGUGUAUGGGUAGCAGUAUCUCUCUAGCCAGCCUCCUCUGAAGCUUGUCUGGCCCAACCCCCAACAUAAUCCUUUACUUCUUACAGAUACAAGGGAUAAAGCAGCACGACAUUACCACCUCCAAAUUGAUCUGCUCUGAGAUGGGAGUAUCUCCUUUUUCAGCCAUGUCACAGCUCAGACUAGGAAAAGGCUGCAUCCCUGUGAGAUAAUGCCAGAUACCUCAUUGACCCAUCAGAUCAUAUGCAUCAGAAGAAAGAGAUGGAAUCAGGGAAUCAGAAUGAUAAAGGAAGCUUGAGGCUUGGCCAUCCUACCUCCAAGAGUCUGCAGUUCCCAUGGGAAAGGGGACGUUACUUACAGAUGAUAAAAACUCCAUGUGUGACAGCUAUUGCCUUCUGUCCAAUAUUAACAAAACAAUCUGUACGUGAUCAUUAGACCCUCACUCCCCCAGAACCCCUCAGAUGGAAGUCCCAGCCUGGCCUUUUUUAAUAGCUCUUAGAGUUCCUUUCACCCUGCGGACAAGAUUUUAGAGGAAUAGGGGAAAGAUAUCUCUGGGGGCAGCUGGAGGGAACAAAGCAGUACUACAUGUUCUUCACUCCUUUACAGGAUAGCAGCAAGGUACCCUUCUAACUACCCAUGGAUAAGAAAGCAAUCUAGUUUGGCUGAUAGGAGAGCUCUGAAAAUUCGAAUGUUCCUUUCUUCACCAGUUUCCAAGCCCUUUCCUUCCUAAAGAUUGGAGGCUAGAUCGAUGCUUGAGGGUAAAAAAAAAAAAACAUGGCCACAAGAAGAUGGUGGCUGAGAAAUCGAAGGCUAGUUCCUAAAGUAGAUCCAGGGAAGGUAGAAUUGGAGAGAUGUUUGGACCUUGGGAAAAGGAUGGAGAAGCCUGUUUAUAAUUCAUCUUCACCUUUAGUCAUUUAAAAUCACCCACAUGAAGGAAUGCCCUGGCGGUCCUGUGGUUAGGACUCCGCGUUUUCACUGCCAAGGGCCCAGGUUCCAUCCCUGGACGGGGAACUAAGAUCCCACAAGCCACACACACAGAGUGUGACCAAAAAAAAAAAAAUCACCCAUAUGAGUAUGCGGUAUGUCCCUUCCUGAAUUUAGCCAGUUCUGACCUGCACACCAUAGAUGAAAAACCAGGCAACAGCAGCUCUGGGGGAAUGGGAGGAGUUAGGGUCCAGCCCUCCCCGUGUCCAAUUUCUCUGUGUCAGCUGUUGUCGCUCAGCUGUCCACUUUCCUCCAGCCCUGUCAUUUCAGCUCUGACACCAAGGCGAGAGGCUAGGAGGUCUACAAACACCGUCUGGGUAGCUGGUGUGAGUACAGAGAGUACUGGGGGGGCUUAGCCCCCAAGGAAGAAGACCAGCCCUCCCCCAGCACCACCGUCAAGAUCCCAGGGGCUCCCUCUUUCCUCCACAGGCUGUGGACUGACUUAGGGAAUUCCAAACGAUGACAGAAAAGGAGGUGCUGGAGUCCUCCUCCUUCCCAGCAGAGACUCGGCAAAGUGGGCUACAGCGGCUGAAGCAAUUAUUCAGGAAGGAGUCUACAGGGACAAAGGAGAUGGAGCUUCCCCCAGAGCCCCAGGCCAAUGGGGAGGCAGUGGGAGCUGGGGGUGGGCCCAUCUACUACAUCUAUGAGGAAGAGGAGGAAGAAGAGGAGGAGGAGCCACCCCCAGAACCUCCUAAGCUUGUUAAUGAUAAGCCCCACAAAUUCAAAGAUCAUUUCUUCAAGAAGCCCAAGUUCUGUGAUGUCUGUGCCCGGAUGAUUGUGCUCAACAACAAAUUUGGGCUUCGCUGUAAGAACUGCAAAACUAACAUCCACGAACACUGUCAGUCCUAUGUGGAGAUGCAGAGAUGCUUCGGCAAGAUCCCCCCUGGUUUCCGUCGGGCCUAUAGCUCCCCUCUCUACAGCAACCAGCAGUACGCUUGUGUCAAAGAUCUCUCUGCUGCCAAUCGCAAUGACCCUGUGUUUGAAACCCUUCGCAGUGGGGUGAUCAUGGCAAACAAGGAACGGAAGAAGGGACAGGCAGAUAAAAAAAAUUCUCUAGCAGCCAUGAUGGAAGAGGAGCCAGAGUCUGCCAGACUACAGGAAGGCAAACCCCAGGAUGGAAACCCUGAAGGGGAUAAGAAAGCUGAAAAGAAGACACCUGAUGACAAACACAAGCAGCCUGGCUUCCAGCAGUCUCAUUACUUUGUGGCUCUCUAUCGAUUCAAAGCCCUGGAGAAGGACGAUCUGGAUUUCCCGCCUGGAGAGAAGAUCACAGUCAUUGAUGACUCCAAUGAGGAGUGGUGGCGGGGGAAAAUAGGGGAGAAGGUCGGAUUUUUCCCUCCAAACUUCAUCAUUCGGGUCCGGUCUGGAGAGCGUGUGCACCGCGUAACGAGAUCCUUCGUGGGAAACCGCGAGAUAGGGCAGAUCACUCUCAAGAAGGACCAGAUUGUGGUGCAGAAAGGAGAUGAAGCCGGUGGCUACGUCAAGGUCUACACCGGCCGCAAGGUGGGGCUGUUUCCCACCGACUUCCUGGAGGAGAUUUAGGCGUGAAGACGCCUGCUGGCGGGAGAUAACCAAACCCCAUUCUGGGCAGGCCCAGUGGAGGUUGGGGAGAAAAGGGGCGAAAGCAACUAUACUGCUGGGUGGGGGAGAUGGGAAGGCCCGCCGGAACGUGACGGUGCUUCCGGGAAGGGACUGGUUCCCGUCCCCCUUCCCCGCCGAGGGCGUCGGAUACUUGGUGCCGGGAGCAGCCUCACUCGAAACCCCUCAGGUCCAGCCUUUGAGAUCUGGAAAAAGAACGCGUCUCCACUAGGGAGACGGGAGGGGGCAUUGAGGCGAACCAUCGAAUGUUGCGAAUUUAUUAAAGUUUUGACAAAAGUUAGAAAAGUUUACCGUUUAACUGGGGGCCGAGGGGAGAGGGAGGAGAGAGGGCCUGGGAAGGGGUGGCGAAUCUUCCCCAGCUCUCCCCUCACUACCAUGGUGCGAGGUGGGGAGACAGAUGCGUCCGCCAGGCAAGGCCUCUGUCGUCAAUGAAGAAAGGGGAGCUGGACUGGGGUCACGGCCCCCGCGCCCCUGCUGCUGGGAGCAGGAUCGGGUAGCAGGGUGGGUCCCACUAGCUCUUAGUGAUGUCGCCGUGGGCAGCCCCUUGCAUUUCCGAACCUGGCUCAGUUCCGAACUAGGCCGCCAGGGGGCGAUGCAAGAUC